AGUAGGUCAGUCACGUUGCACGUAACGCGCUCAGAUGGCUCGGUACAAACAGUUCCUCCGCCUCUGUCAGCAGUGGCCGCUGGACAGCACCAAGGAAGGCCGCGACAUAGCCGUAGCCAUUCGUCAGGGAGUUGCCAAAGCCUUCAAGGAGGGAGAGAAUACACAGGUGAACCCUGUUGAAUGCGAUCGAGUCUACACCAGUUUGGACAGGCUGAACAAAGGACACUGGAAAAACAAGUACCCCAGAAGGAAUCCCACCACCUUUACAGGACUGACUCUGGAAGACUACAAGCUAGUGCUGGCCUCAGAGUCCUUGUCGGACAUGCAAAAAACCAAGAAGUCUACCUGGCAGUCCAUCAAGGAGAAAUUCUCAGGCAAAGAAGACAGCAAGGAGGUCUAGGAAGUCUUGAGUGUUUCCUGAAAUAGACUUUGGGAAGUAACAAAAUUUGAGAGAAGGCACUUAUAAGUGAAAGAUUGAAGUGAGUGAUUCAAAGUGGCAAGUUGUAUUGUGAGGUUCUAUUGUGCCUUUGAUGAUUUACUUGUGUGUCUGUAGGUUUUGAAGUAGAACAAAAUUUACUACUGCACUAAAUAAUACUUAUUAUUAAUAGCUGGUACUUUGUGAAGAACAGUUGAAGUGAAUUAUGGCAGUCAGGCCUAAGUUGCUGACUUUGGACUGUACCAACACCCUCUUUAAACUA